AUGGAGAAUUGGAAAGCUUUCACGCAGAACAUCUCUGCAAACGUCGGCCCCGUCGGUCAGAGGAUCUCCAGAGGCUUCGGAAACCUUAACCAGCAGGCCAAGGAGAGAUUCGGGACUGUCGAUGCUGAUGAUAUCACCGAGCUUGUGAGUAUGCGACUCGAAUUUCGGUCACGACAAUGAAGAGGUCUUCGCCAUCCAUCAGCUCGUACUGCAAGCAUGUUGCGAGGCAAAACGCCUGGCGGCGUUCACUUUCGCCUUCACUCUGUGAGAUGGUGGUGCACACGCGAGGACUGGCUCGACCUACUGUGGGCCCUAUCGUACCCGUCAGGUGCUAGCUCCACUUCCCGACCCAUCGAACGUGAUCGGACAUUUCCCUUCGUAGCUCCGCACAAGGACACAAAAGUUAUGUGCUGAUACUUAAUGCCUCCCUCUCCUGCACAAUUCUAGCCUCAAGAGUACAAGGACUUGGAGCAGCGCGUGGAUGCUCUGCGUUCCGCUCACACCAAUUUGCUCAAGUCAGUCGAACUUGCGCUCAGCUGUCAAGCGCGCAUUCCGCAUUGCAGUCAAGUUGGCCAGGAAAACUGAUCCGAUGACGUCCAUCUUCAACAGGAUCGCUCGUGCUUACGAGUCAGAGGGCUAUGACUAUCCUGUAUGUAGCAGAGGCUUUGGCGUUUCAGCGCGCAAAUUCCUGAUACACCCACAUUCCCACACUCAUGUCUUCGAUUCUCACAGACUCAGGUUCAGGAGUCGAUCGGUCAAUUGAGCCAACAGAUUGGUCACAGCGUAACUUCCUGGGCUUCGUCUGCCACUAAGGGCACCAGUCUGCCAGCUGUUCAGCCCACGGCCGCUCCUCCCGAGGUUCACCGCACCCUCGCACACGCCCUUUCGCGUGGCGCAGCUUCAGGCGCGCUCGAGCUAGGAGCAAGCCCCACCAGUAUCGCAGGACUUCCCACUAGCCCUGCUUCUGGUCCAAGCGGAGGUAAUCUGGCUGGAGAGGAGAGCAAGCUGGGAGAAGCUCUUCAGAAGUUCGCCCUUGCUCAGGACCGUGUUGGUAAUGCUAGACUCGCUCAGGAUGACUCUAUCAGACAGGGCUUCCUUCAACCUUGGCAAGCCUUCGGUGCCCAGAUCACCGUAGCUAUCAAGUGAGUCCCACCCAAGACGUGGUGCGCUCAUGGUGCCUUCCUCAAGCCUAGUUCUCCUCCAAAAUCUAGGGCUCGUCAAGCUGUCCGUGAUGCUAGACUGCACCUCGACUCGUGGCGACAAGCCCUCAAGGCUAUUGAGGCUGCCGGAAACACCGCCAAGCUUGACUCGCACCGUCAAGAGGUGGAAGCCGCUGAGGACAAGGUGCGUUGACGUGCUCUGAGAGCGGAUUCCAGUCUCUGCAUGCUCAUGUAUCUACGUCGCGCAGCUUGUCGAGGCUACAGAGGCGGCAAUCGCUUCGCAGAAGGCAGUCCUGGAAAACCCAGAGGGCAUCAAGAGCUUGGCUGCCUUUGUCAAGGCGCAGAGCGAGUACCACCAAGCUGCUGCUCAGGUUCUGGCUCAAGCGAGCAGCGAGCUGGCUAAUUUGGGUCUGGCUGCUGAGUCUGAGUGAGUGAGAGCGCUGAAAAUUGAUUCGGUGCUCAGCAAUAUUCUGACGCUGUGAAGAUUGCCAUCUCCAGCUACAGGGCGACUCGUGCUUGA